AUGCCAAACUUAGUUUCAAAAGUCGAUGCUCUUUUUUUGGAAGGUUCUCUUGACGCUAUAUGUUCCGCUACUGUAAUUUAUUUAACAAGAAAGGGAACAACUUUACAACCCUUACCUCUCGUUAAAGACUUAGCAGAACGUGCAGUAAAUUCCUCAUUAACAAAAAUAACUGAUUUCGAACGAAGAAUGAAGGUGUUGGAGAUUUUACCACAGAUGGAGGUUGGAUAUAAAAGUGUCGUAGGAUUGGAUGCAAGCCCCGUGAGAAUAUGUGAUGAAUUCGUAAAUAAUUUUAAUAAUAUUGAAGUUCCGGAUGUACUUAGGAACAUUGUACAUAAUAAAGAAUGGAAAGAGGAGGAGAUCAAACUGAUAGAACGAACAAAUCGUAUAUUAAGCGUUCUGGAGGGGGUGUGGAACAAUCCAGCAUUUGCAACUAGCGAAAUGCGUAGUUCUCAAAGUGAAGGAACUUAUAUCACAGAUGUCAUUGUACCUUUGCUUCGUUCCGGUUUGGAUGAUCUUCCAAAUGGUAGUAUUUGUAUGAGUACCGCAGAACGUCAGAGUAUGGCAAGUAAGAUCCGAAAAAGUCUUGGAGUGAAUGAAGAAAGAAGUUCAUGCCCUCCCAAAGUACCGAUCGGGAAAAAACCCGAUGUUAUGUUGAUGGAAAAAUGUGGAGGUAAGAUUUUUGAACUCGCUUAUGUGGAAUCUUCACGGGUCGUUUGCACUAAUUCAAAGAAAGAGAAUGAUUCUAUAAAAUUGUGGAGAGAAACCCUAGAUGGAGUAAGCCUUAUCGGUACUGCAUGUAGACCAACAAGCAACCAAUUUGGAAUUAUUGGAAUUCAGGUGGCUGGUGAGGAUUUAUGUCUAAACGUUUUAGUGAAAGAUGCAAAUGGGAUACCAAGAUAUUUACAUCUUAUCCAAGCUCCAAUACCUUUUACAAAAAAUACUUCAUGGCGUGUGAAGCCUCUUAUUCAUCUACUACUGACUUCGAGAAAUAUUACAAUCGUAAACAAAAGCUUAUUAAUUCAGGCACUAGAACAAGCUAGCACACGUCCACCCCGAAAUGUCAAUCCGAGUCCCACUGUUUCUUCACCAAUAUACGAUUAA